UCAAGUUUUUGGCGCCGUUGCCGGGGAGGUAAAUCAUUGUACAAAUUAUAGUAUUUAUUUUAUUUUCUCUUUUCUCUUUUCUCUUUUCUCUUUUCUUGUAUCUAACUUUGUUUCUUUUGUUUUGUUUCUCUUUCUUUUGUUUUCUUCUUCCUUUUAUUCUCUUCUUACACGUGCAUGAGAGUGUGGUCACGUACAUUAAGUGGUAGACUUUGUAGGGUAUCCUCAUCAUUUUCAGAAAAUAUGGCUGAAGAAGAUAACCAAUCGCUUCAUAAUGAGAAUAAUGAGAAUAUUCGGGUUAGAACUCUUAGAGAUCACAUGAAUCCCACAAGAACAAAUAGGCAAAUGGUUGAAUUAAUGUGCAAUGGAACUUUUGAGGAUAAAGACCCUAAUGAAGCAAUGGAAUACCUAGACUUGCUAGCUGAAAAUGCGCAAAAUUGGGACACCACAGGUACUUAUGAGGCACCAAGUAAAACCCAACCUCAUACAUCUAGUGGAGGUAUGUACAACCUUAGGGAAGAUCAUGACCUCCAAGCCAAGUUUGCAUCUUUAGCUAGAAAGGUUGAGGCACUAGAAUUAAAAAAGAGUGAAUGUCUCCAUGAACAAGCCCAUGCAUUAAACAGUUUUCAAAAGCCCAAUCAUAACCCAUAUUCGCAAACAUAUAACCCUGGUUGGAGAAAUCAUCCAAAUUUCAGUUGGAAGAGUGAGAACAGUAAUGCUCAAACUUCACAGCCAUCGUUUCCAGCACAUCAUAAUUUCCAAAAUUCUCAUGGAUAUGCACCUCCUUAUGCUCCCCCUCCUAGAAGAAAUCUUGAGGAAACAUUGCAUGCAUUUAUGGAAAAGCAAGAGGCAAUUAACACUCAACUUGCUCAAAGCAUGACAGAUUUUAAAGAUACUCUUGCAAAAUUGACAUCUGCUCUCAGUUUCCAAGAGAAAGGUAAGUUUCCAUCUCAACCACAACAAAAUCCCAAGGGGCAAUACAAUGCGAAUGCAAGUAGUUCGGGAAGCCAACACAUGGAUCACGUAAAAUCAGUCAUCACUCUUCGCAGUGGUAAGGUUAUUGAAAAACCCAUUCUUGAACCUUGUGAGAAUGAUGAUGAAUCAAUCUCUGAGGGUAAGGAAGGGGUUGAAUCUGAUCAUUGCAAAGAAAAGACUGAUUCUCCGCCAGCACUUCCAUUUCCUCAUGCCAUGACCAAACAAAGGAAAGUCAAUCACAACUCUGAAAUCUUUGAAACUUUCAAACAGGUUCCUUCUUAUGCUAAAUUUUUGAAAGAUCUGUGCACUGUGAAGAGAAAACUGAAUGUGAAAAAGAAAGUCUUCUUAGCCGAACAAGUAAGUGCCAUUCUUCAGAACAAUAAUGCAUUGAAAUAUAAAGACCCUGGUUGUCCUACAAUUUCAUGCUUUAUUGGAGAACAUAAAAUUGAAAGAGCUUUACUUGAUCUUGGAGCUAGUGUGAAUUUACUUCCAUAUUCAGUUUUUCAAAGUCUCAAUCUAGGACGUCCAUUUCUUGCAACUUCUAAUGCAUUGAUUAAUUGUAGGAAUGGACUGAUGAAGCUAUCUUUUGGAAACAUGACAUUGGAGAUGAAUAUUUUCAACAUUUGCAAGCAACCUAGAGAUGAUAAUGAUUUACAGGAAGUGGACUUUACUGAAAAAUUAGUUCAUGAUCAAUUUCAAACCACUUCCAAUGAAAUUGAGAUUGAUGAAUCUGAUGAUUUGCAAAUGGUCUAUUUUCAGGAAGAAUCAAAGGCAAGUAAUUGGAGACCACAAAUUGAGGAAUUGCCGCCACGAUCAAUUGAGCCAAUACCUUCAAGUGUUCAACCACCAAAACCUGAUUUGAAGCCGUUACCCCUCAAUCUCAAAUACUCAUUUUUGGGAGAAAAUGAAACUUUUCCGGUAAUAAUCUCUUCCAAACUUAAUGCACAGCAAGAAGAUGGCUAUUCAGGUUAUAACCAAAUUGAAAUUGCAUUGGAAGAUCAAGAGAAAACUACUUUCACAUGUCCAUUUGGCACUUUUGCAUAUCGAAGGAUGCCUUUUGGAUUAUGUAAUGCACCUGCCACGUUUCAAAGAUGCAUGCUUAGUAUAUUUAGUGAUAUGGUUGAACGUUUUCUUGAGAUUUUUAUGGAUGAUUUUUCUGUUUUUGGUGAUUCAUUUGAUGAUUGUUUGACUAACUUAGAAAAGGUUUUGAACAGUGAUCAUGCAGCAUUGAAAUAUCUUCUUUCUAAGAAAGAUUCUAAGGCUAGAUUGGCAUGUGGGGGCCAUUUCUCAUCAAGAAAGACAACUGCAAAAAUCUUACAAUGCGGAUUUUACUGGCCCACCAUGUUCAAGGACUCACAUGCAUUCUGUAAGAUUUGUGAAAAUUGUCAAAAGUUGGGAUCUAUUUCAAAACGUCACAUGAUGCCUUUAAAUCCUAUUCUUGUCAUUGAGAUCUUUGACUGUUGGGGUAUAGAUUUUAUGGGUCCAUUUCCUUCAUCAUUUGGUUUCGUGUACAUAUUAGUCGCAGUAGAUUAUGUUUCAAAAUGGAUAGAGGCAAUUCCAAGUCGAAACAAUGAUCACAAAACAGUGAUAAAAUUCUUGAAAGAAAAUAUUUUGAGUCGAUUUGGAAUCCCUCGAGCCAUGAUAAGUGAUGGUGGAACACAUUUCUGCAACAAGCCAUUUGAGUCUUUAAUGAAGAAAUAUGGAAUCACUCACAAAGUUGCCACCCCUUAUCACCCUCAGACUAGUGGGCAGGUAGAGCUUGCUAAUAGGGAGAUCAAACAAAUCUUGGAGAAAACAGUGAACCCUAAUAGGAAAGACUGGUCUUUAAGACUUAAUGAUGCACUUUGGGCUUAUCGAACUGCUUAUAAAACAUCAUUAGGUAUGUCACCUUAUAGACUAGUCUAUGGAAAACCUUGUCACUUGCCUGUGGAACUUGAACAUAAAGCUUAUUGGGCUAUUAAAGCUUUUAAUUCAAACCUUGAUGAUGCUGGUCAACUGCGAAAAUUACAAAUAAAUGAGCUUGAGGAAAUAAGAAAUGAUGCAUAUGAAAAUUCAAGAAUUCAUAAAGCAAGAAUCAAAGAGUUUCAUGACAAGAAAAUAUUGAGAAAAACAUUCAAUGUUGGUCAAAAAGUCUUGCUUUAUAAUUCUCGACUCCAUUUAUUUCCUGGAAAACUAAGAUCAAGAUGGAGUGGUCCUUUCAUUGUGAAACAUGUGUAUCCAUAUGGGGCCUGUGAUAUCGAGAAUCCAAAGAAUGGCAAUGUUUUCAAGGUAAAUGGACAUCGUUUGAAAGUUUACUUUGAUAAUUUUUCAGUUGAAAAUGACUCGAUUGAAUUGAGUGAUCCUGUAUAUAAAGAUUGAUUAGUUUUCUCACAUUGUUUUGUGUUUCAUUUUGCUAGUUUCUCUCACCCCGGUCAAAAGGCGGAUAACGGUACUCCGUGACUUAAGUCGGUUCUUUCAGU